AUGGAUCCCGACAUGGAAGACAUGGACAUGGUGCAAGACACAGAAGAAGGCAAUGAUGACUUUAGUGAACGCGAAGACAUGGAUGGCAUGCACGUCAUUCCUCCCAUGAACAGCCCUGGUGGGAGUAGUGCGGGUGCCAAUGGGAAUGGCGGUGGGGAUGGCGGAUAUGCGUACAACAUGGGAGGAUAUUCGGUCAACAUCAUGGAAAAACAAAUGCCCUUUUUGGGACAAUUGUUAGUAGCCCCCAUUUUGAUUCUCGCCUCCACCUUGGCCGAGUUCUCGUCCAAAAAUUAUGGGUACGCCACGGCCGUGGCUGUGGUGGCCAUUUUGUUUUCCGCCGGUGGAUUGUACUUGUUGCAAAAGGGUGAAUUGUACAAUCAGCAAUUCAUGGCCUUGCCCAUUCUGGGACCCUGUUCCGUGGGAUACACAUUGUCGCUAGCAAACUUUGUGUGGUGGGGAGUCGCGGCUGGGAUUUUGACGUUUAGUGGCCCAUUUACUGUGACUGGAAAUGGAUACUUUGCCGUAUGGGCCGGUUUCUUUGCCUCUGCCUUGGGCGUGGGCAUUACGCAACAUCAUUUGCAGGAUUUGAAUCAAACCAUUCGAUUGGCCACGGCGAGCAUUGUCAUCAUUUGUGCCGUCCCUUCCACGAUGGGUGGCUUUUUUGAUUCCGAAGCCAUCUUCGCCUUGACCUUGGCAUGCUUUACUCUGGUCUUUUGCAUCAUUACCACCAACUUUUCCAGUCUCAUUUCUCAACAAAAUGCCUUUUACAUGCUCCUGGGAUUGACACUUCUUUGGGUCAUUGAAGCGGCUCUUGUUACCUUUCGAGGACCCUUUACCGAAACGGGCAAUGGAUAUUUUGCGUCCUGGGGGGGUGCCUUUUUGUGCAUUGUCUCGGCGUCCAGCAAAGCAUCCAAUGCGGGCUUGUCCUCACCGAACAUGUCAUCGAGUAUUUAA